AUGGACAACCCGCAACCAGGCUCGCUGAGCUGGCGACUAAGUUCGCAUCCCAUCACUCUGCUCUGCUUCCUCGGUUUCCGCCUGUCAAGUCUCCUGACCUACCUCUUCGGCCUCUACUUCAGCGAAAACUAUGUCCUCAUCUUCAUCAUUACGAUCAUCCUCCUGGCCAUGGAUUUCUACUAUCUCAAAAACAUUGCUGGCAGAAGAUUGGUUGGUCUGCGCUGGUGGAACGAAGUCAAUGCCCAGUCUGGUGAUGGUAACUGGGUCUUUGAGUCUGCCGAUCCGGAUAGCAGACAGAUCAAUGCUACGGACAAGAGGUUCUUCUGGCUGGCGCUGUACUCACAGCCUGUUAGCUGGGUAGCGCUUGGUAUUGUCGCCAUCUUCAGAUUGCACUUUAUCUGGCUUAGUCUGGUUGUCAUCGCCAUCGUCCUUGCCGUCACCAACACCCUUGCCUUCUCUCGCUGCGACAAGUUCAGCCAGGCCACGAAUAUUGCAACUGGUGCCUUCUCUGCUAGCGGUCUUGCGAGCAAUAUCGGCGGUGCCAUGAUUGGCCGUUUCUUCAGAUAG